AUGUUGUUUCUAUUAUUACUAUUGCUAUCAACUUUUUCUUCUACCGUAGUGCUAUUUUUGGUGAAUGGUAUUCCGACUAUUACUCCAUUAUCAUCGUCAUCAUCAUCAACCACUCAAUCACCAUCACCAUUAUCUCUCAACUUCUCAAGUGAUUUGAAAGGCUCACAUUCUGCGACAUUUUCAGCUUUGUUAACACAAUUGGAACGUAUCGAGAAUCAAAGCUGUGGAAGCCUACUUGCAUUACCAAAUUUGCAUCGUUUAUUGGAAUAUGAAUUAAGGCAUAGCAAUCCACAAUUAUUAUUUUUGGCGCAAUUAAUCGCUCAGAAUCCUCGUUCACAUUUACUUCAUCUUCCUGCAAAUGCCUCUCUAAUUUUGGAUUCACCAUUGGCUUAUAACAUUUCGGCACCAUUAUUCGUUUUACAACUAGAUUGCAGCCAAGUUGGUGAUGAUCUGUUACAACAAUGGAUUCCGUUACUUAUUUAUCCAACUUCUACUUUUGAAUUCUAUCUAACUAUACGUCUACGAUCAUUUGAUCUAAAUGCUUGUACAUUACCACAAUGCAGCAAUACAAAGUGUACAUGGACAAGACAUGGUGGUAUACGAGUUUAUGCUCGCACAUGUUGUACUAAUGAUACAUCAUUAUGCCGUGAUGUAACGGAGAAGGAUCGUGGUAUUUUAGUGAUUUUCAAUGGAUUAUGUUCAACAAUUUGUAUUUUACUGAUACCGGUUGUUGUUCGAGAACGUCGUAGACAUCAUGAAGUACGUGGAUGGGCGUUAAUGGAAAUUUUCCUUCUUGGCGCUUCUAUAUUAUAUGCUAUCUUAUUUCUGGAUUGGUUUAAUUGCGCCACGUGUUGCUUUGCAGUAUGGCUACGACAAAUUGGUUUUUCGACAUUUUAUGGAUCGAUCGUUUUGAAAAUUUACAGGAAUUUACAAGAAUAUCAUGUACGUAAGGCUCAUCAUGUUAUUGUAAAAGAAGAAGACUUGAUGAAAUAUUUGGCAUGCUUGCUAGCAUUAACAUUAACUGGCCUUAUUGCUUGGACACUUGGCUCAUUUGUUGAUGAAGAGCUUUGGACAAGUGCUUGGCCACAAUGUCCUAUACAAGCAUGGUGCUUAGCUUGGCAAGGCUAUGAAUCAUUGUUUUUAAUUUAUGGAAUGCGAUUGUGUUACAAAGCACGAAAUAGUGAUUGGUUGGAACGACGGCAAUUUACAGUUGCUGUAUGUUUGGAAGCGAUUGUUACACUACUAACGAAUUUUUUAGGAUAUUCCAUUCGUUAUUCGGCAAAUAGCGAUACACUGAUGACAAUCACAUUUAUACAAUUACAUUUAACUAUUUCUAUUAAUAUUAUUAUUAUUGUUGCUCCUAAAUUUUACCUGACUAGCUCCGGUAGCACAAAGCGUGCAAAAACAUUAAUAGGUGGUGGCAGUAAAGCACAUCCAUCAUUGGCUAAACUUCAUGACAAUUUAUUGAAUGGAACAAUUGAUUUUGCUGAAGUGCCCAUAGCUGACAUGAAUCCGGAAGAUAUCAGAGCUGAACUGAAACGAGUCUAUACGCAAUUGAGAAUGUACAAAUUGAAAAAUUUGUAUCACGAUAAUCCGCAUAUCGCUAGACGAAAAGGUGGUAAAAAAUCAAAUAGUGAUAAAUUGAUUAUUAAAAAUCGACGUAUUUCAUCACUACCUACAACAAGUUCUCCUAGAGUGAAAAGAAUCGAUGAGGACGAAAGACACGAUUUAACAGUAGAAUCAGCACCACAUAAUGUCUUCCUCUCAACGUAUAAGCUACAGUUAGAACCGCAUCAGUCCGUACGUGUAUAG